AUGCUGAGAAUAGACUUCGGCCAAAGCUUAUUAGACCAUAGUGGGGUCUUAAUACUUGUUCAGCCUGUGGGAUACAUCGGUGAUAAACGAUUCAAAGCAAUUUUCGACGAAAUUUCCACGUAUCGCACCGCACAGGUACCGAACACUAUCAGGACACUAAACCUUCGGUACUCGAAAAGGGUCAGUCCUCAAUUCACCGAAUGGGGAAAUUUUCAUUUUCACAAACGAGUCUUGGGGCUUAUUUGUGUUGGAUGGUGCACCGAGAUUUCAGAGGUAGAAAAGCUUGAAAAAGCGAUAAAUGAAAUUAAAAAUCCUUUUAGUGCAAUACUUUUGAACACAAGAUGUUUCGUCUUUGGCUGCCAGUCCAACGACGAAUCAAAGAUCAGGAAAGAUUUCGCACUUAUCAGAGGCGAAGAUCAUUCCGGAGACCUUCAAAGUAACCUCGCAGAAUUUGUAGCUUCUUUGUUUAACGUAUUGGAAUCGAAGAGGAUCAGUAAACUAUCAGAGAAGAUUGAUAAAAUAACCCUGAUACAGGCACCAGUAGAGCAUGAAGUUUUUGGAGGGGAGAAUGACAGCAGGUAAGAAUGAAUGGAUCUUAGAAUUUAGAGGUCAAUGGGGUAAAAUUUCCGCACAGUCCCUUACUAUUGUAAAACAAAUCUGUUUUCCCAAUGGCAAUGUAUUGUUUUUGUCACUGUUUUCUCUGUCCAAGAACUGAAUGCAUAAUGUAGUAUGGGGCUGUGCGGAAAUUUUACCGGUCAAUGGGCCAUCUUGUUCUUUAUUAAAUCGCUCUGACGAAGGGCUAACGCUCGAAACGUCAGCUUUUUUACCCUUUAUGGUGGCUAAUUUACAUUUUCAACCCAGUUGUUAACACUAAAUUACCUGCUAUACUCUCCCACCGAUGCAGCACCACAGUUUCUUUAGAAACUUACCCCUUUGUUCUUUAUUAUGUCUCUCAGUUAGCACUUAUCUGUGUCAUGAUUGGUAAAUUUAGCAGGCUGUAUUUCACUGUAUCGCGUAAUUCCAAAGUUUGUUUAAACUGGACGCUUCCUCCUGUAGUUGAACUCAGAGAGGUAAUAAAUGUAUUACUAACCUUGUUUUCUCAGUCUGCUCUGUGCGAUCAGAUUUCUGGGAGCCCUUGGUACAGACCUUGAACUUAAGUACAUGUAGUUAGGGGUGUUUAUACUCCAUGGCUCUUUAAUGGUUGAAGUUCUGACUAAGUGGCUGACAGCUCUCCAAGGUUGAUUCAUGCUGAUUGAAAGAAACAGCAUAAUAACAACCUACAAAUGAACCUACUCACUGUUCAUCCAGUAUAUCUGCAGCCACAGUAAUGAUUUCACAACUUGGUGCUCAUCAAGUACUUUUCAACGGAUGAGUCAACUGGAUAGCCCUCUGCCCUUCUGUUUGUCUCUCUGGCUGUCUGUCUGCCUGUAUGUCUAUCUAUCCAUUGGUCUGUUUGUCUCUCUCCCCAUCUGUCUAUCCUUUGGUCCAUUCAUCUAUCCAUCUGUUUACCUGUCAAUCUGUGUAUUAUCUGCUUGAUCCAUUGGAUGUCUAAUUCAUUUACUUGAAGUAUUGACUGAUUGACUGACUGAAUGACUGACUGACAGAUUGACUGACUAUUGCUGACUGAAUGACUGACUUAAUGACUGACUUUCUAAAUGACUGACUGAGUGAAUGAAUAAUUGACUGACUGACAAAAUGACCAACUGCCUGACUGACUGAAAAACUGAAUAACCAACUGUCUGGCCGUGUGCGACUGAUUGAAUUUCUGUCAAGCUAACUGACUGACAGACUGACUGACUGACUGCACUGGCAUUGUACACAGUAAGUGUAUGACUCAGUGAUUGCUUAAUCUAUGUAUUGAUUGAUCAAUGAUUGAUAAAUUUAUUGACUUACACUGUAACAAGCAACCAAUUGACUGUUUGUUCAAUACUUAGUAUAUGUAGUUUCUUGUCAAAAAGGGCAUACUUUGUAAACAUUCAGCAACGUUACUUGAAUUAAUCUUUCAGGACAAGCAAAAGAAAAACUAUUGGAAGGUCCAAAAAAUACACUGGAGAUUUGUGUAUGUUGGCUGGUUUGCCACAAGAAGCUCUCUCUCAAUACCUUAUUGCUGGAGAACAUUUAAGAGUCGUGAAUGAUCUUCUAUGGCUUGCUGGUGCAUUGGAGGGACAAUGUGCAGCAUCACUACUACUGACCAGAACUGCUACAGAAAAGGACAGGAAUUCAUUGAUUUUACCAAUUGAAUGUGCAGCAAAUUCUAUGAAUUUAACAAUGAAUGGUUUAGGAGGUGAUGUAGAUGAAUCAAAAUUUAGGAAUCCACAAGCACUCAGUGAAGACGAGAUUGUAGAAAGGCUCUCAGAAGCACUGAGACUCUAUAACAGAGUAAGUAUUCAUACUCUCCAUACUGUUCUCUGUAUAUUUACUAAGGUGCUGACAAGGAGAAUUUGUCUUACAAUCAAGGUUUCUCAAGUUGGUGAUCAUUUCUUCUAUUCUCAUGACAUUAACAUGGGAUUCAGUGGUGAUAUUGUAAGGAGAAACUAGAUGCUUGUCAUUCUUAGGGGUUAAGGGCUAAGAAAUGAAUAAAAGGGGUAAUUUUCUAAAAAAAAUAGCAAGUCAGUUAGGGGUAUUAUAGAAGCAUCAAAGUGAAGGACUAAUGCUCAAAAUAUUAGCUUAAAAAACUCUUUCCGUUGGUCAAUUUACAUUUUCAUUCAGUUGAUAAAAGCAAAUUAUCAGACAGUACAAGUUACAACUCAUCUGAGUUACUUUCUGCAUGGGAUACUUAAUGUAUGUGGUACUCAAAUGGUCAGUGCAAAGGACCCUGGGUAAACCCUUUGACCUCUAAGAGUGAUUAGUAACUAUUUUCUCCCAUCAGUAUUACCUCUAAAACAAACAUUGAGGUCAUGGGAAUAAAGGAAAUGAUCAUCAACUUGAGAAGCUAUUGAUUGUUAAACCAAUUCUCUUUGUUAGUACCAUAGGAAAUGUAUAGAGAACAGUAGGGAGAAAUUGUAUACUGAUGUUAGGGUGUAAAGGGUUCAGAGAUUGCAUUUUGAGACCAAGUCAUUGUGUUGUGUUCUUGGGCCAAAAGCUUCACUUUCACAGUGCCUCUCUCUAUCCAGGAGUAUAUAUGUGAGUGGGUUUUGGCAAACUUUAGAGAAAUCUGUUGACACAGGAGGGGGUGGACUGGCAUCCUAUCCAUGGUGGAGUAGCAAUACUCCUAUUGGAUUCAUGCUGCGUUAACUGGGACAAGCACCAGAGUCUUUGCUGCCACUUGGCAUGAGUGCACACUCUAUCUUAUUGAUGAGUGAGCUUCCUCUGUCUUAGUGAUCUUGAUAUGUAUUUGGUAAUUCAAUGCAAGCCUGAAAUUUAGUCCUCCUUUACAGAUUAGAUGCUAAAUGAAGUCAGAUCCAUAAGAAGCUCUUUCUCAGUGCAUAGUCCAGCACCUUUGACCCAGUUCUAAUAAUAACAUGAUUUUGUUUCUGGCCCUCUUAUAUUUGAGUGUCACCAUAUAGUUAAAGUUAGUCUCGCACAUCUCAUAAAAUGAGGCCUUCAUAUCAAACUUAGACAGCUCCAUUAUGUCUCUGAGAAUUUUGUGUUACUUAUAUUUUCAACAAUAUCCAUUAAGUAAUUUUCUUUUUCUUCUCAUUUCCUCUCUGCUUGAAAACUGAAAUAUUUAAAGAUAAAUCCAAUUACACAUUUUUCAUUCGCAGGUCAAAGGUGCUGCUGUUGUGGAAACAGAAGCUAAUCUUAAGUUUACAAGGCUUUUAAUCACUUAUAAGGUACAGUUGUGUGGUGUAAGUAGUUCAUUCAAUUGUCAGCUGUACAUGGAAAAACCAGGAAUUGACAGGGUUAUUUUAAUUCAUCCAUGUGUUUCUUUUGUGGGAAAUGCAGUGGCUUGGUGUUUAGUGCACUGAACCUAGUUGAGAGGUCUGGGCUCAAGACCUGGCCUUGUCAUUGUGUUGUGUUCUGGGGCAAAGCACUUUCCCCUCCCAAUGCUUCUCCCCACCUAGGAGUGUAAGUGGGUGCUGGUGAAUUGUUUGGGAAGCCUGAUGAAAUACUGGGAGGUAGCCUUGUGAUGAAGAAGCAUCCUAUCCUGGGGGGUUAUGAUACUCUUAGUUGCUUCAUGCUAUGGAAACCAGGGUUAGCUCUGGCUGGAUGGGUUGCCUGACUCAAGUGCAGACUUUUCUUUUUUCAUUCCUUUCAACCCUUGUAAAGCAGUGAACAGAGUGAGUUGGCAAAUUUUGUUAGGAGUGCCACAGCCUUCUUGGCCUUCACACCACCUUGAAUCUCACAAGCCUUACGGUCGUUGAGCAGGGUUACUGGGAGCAAGCUUGAAGGCUUAUACCACCUUUGUGCAACAUUGUUGUUGAUGAGUUUACUGCUAAUGUAUCCACUCUCAGGAGUGACCAGAAAUGAAAUUCUCCACACAAUAUCAAUAUAUUAACAUGUAGAAAGGUUAUUAGAAGUAAGAAAAUGAUCAACUAGAGGAUAUCUAAUGAUCUCAAACCAAAUUCUUAGAUCUAGAGUUGAGAAAAUAUUCCAAAGGCCACAUAUCAUACUGAUUUUUGAAAUCUUAGAUAAAAAGGUUGACUUUGACUUUUUUGACUUUCUACAGAGACGAAUUGAUGCUAGUGUGGCACUGCAGAAUUCCCUUUCAGUAACUGUUUCACUGACAGAGCAAGAAAAGGUAAGAAAUCUACGAAACUGACAGUAACACUGUACUCAGAGUUAGUAGGUGGCAUGGAAAACUUGGGAAGUUAUGCCACUUGAAUUUUCCAUGUUUCUAGUAACAAUGAUAUUCACAUCUUCUUUAGUGAUUACACUGUACAAUCUUUCUUAUUGUUUGUGAAAAUAAAGAUUUUUUUUAUCAACAUUUAGAUCCAGCGGUACAGUGCUGCAGCAGUGUUGUAUGAUGAGCUGGGAUUUCAACGCAAGGCUGGAUUUUUCAGUCGGAUUGCAGCCAUGCAGUGUGUUUCACAACUAAUGCCACAUCCUCUGUGGCUCUAUGUAAGAAAACAUCAUUCUAUUAAUAUUGUUCAAUUUCGGCAAUUAUCAAAAGUUUUACUGGUCUUCAAGAGUAGUGACCCACAAGGGAUCAUUUAACCCUUUAACGCCAAAGACUGACCAGUAUCUUCUCCUUGUCAGCACCUUAGGAAAUGUAUAGAGUGCUGUAUGGAGACUAUGCAUACUGAUGUUAGGGUGUGUUAGGGUGUAAAGGGUUUGUAAAAGCAAUGCAAAUUUUCUUGUAUUCUCCUAAUUUUUCUUGGGGAUUAACUCCCAAGAUCUGAUUGUUAAUUCUCCCCUCAAGCUGCUACACAUUUCUUCAUAAAUUAAUUAUGAGAAUUUGGUGUUAGAUCAAGAUAACUUCUACCUGAUAAGUUUGAGUUCUCUCAUUACCUUUUUGCUGGAUAAUGUAUGAAUAUUAUGGGGAGAAGUUACAUGUUAAUCACUUCGAGAAGUUAAAAGGUUAACUGAUAGAAAGUGCAUGUAAAGUCUAUUGCUUUUACAUUAUAACUUUUAUUUGUUUACUUGCACCUCGUUUAUAAAUGGUGGAAAUAAUUAUUUUCCUAUGACCUGUACGGCCCCACUCGUGCAAUCCCAUAAACAUAACAUACUGAAAGCCAACAUAUGUAAGUCUCGACGGGUUGACAUGAGCCGGUCCGGAGAAAGGUUGUCUAGUGCACUUGUACGUCUUUGUUGCCGAAAAAAACAAGAGGAAACAUGUUUGCUGUUGUCGCCAAAAAUGAGUGAGAGCAGUAAAAAAAAAUAAUAAAAUAAGUCACGUUUUUCGAUGAAUUGCGAGCUUCGUGUUCUAACUCAAAACAAUUAACAAACUGUUUUCAUUGUAGAUUUUUUUUGUGGUUUUCCAGCACGCGCCAGUCUAUCGCAUCAAAUUAAGUCACAACAAUUUUUUAGAAUUUUUCAAAACUUACUCAGUGUUCAUAUGAAAAAAUGCUUAUUGACUGCGUGGGAGGGCCGGAUGGGAAAAUAAUUAUUUGGCUUUCGUUCAUGACGCAUAGACCUUGCAUACGUCAUGGCCUCGAGCCUAGUAUUUUCCCGUUCGGCCCUCCCACUCAUUGAAUAACUACAUAUUAUUUUGUGUGCGUGCAAAUAAGCCUUGUUGGCCUCACUCUUGAGUGAAAAUUCUGUUGUUCUUAUACAUUUUGAUUAGCUCAGGAAGACGAAUUUAUUUAACAGUUUAUAAAGAGUCACCAGGGACUUUUUUUUCCUUUCAAUUACGAUUAUGUCAACAGUGAUGAAUAAUGAUUUUAGAUAUGUGAAAUUCAUAUAUUUGCACUGCGGUGAAGAAACUAAUUUAAGAGAUCCUCGCAGCUAAGAACACCACUGAACUAGUAGUUGAAAAUAGGACCUGAAAAAAUUCAGGCCCGUACGGGAUUUGAACCCAUGACCUUUGCGAUACCGGUCCAGCACAGCAGUGUAUAUUGAAAGUUGAAUCUUGAAAAAAUGAAAGGAAUUUUUUUUCCUCUAUAUAGUCUUACAAAUUUCUCAUGAGUGCACUGAAGGGGUACAGAAUUUCUCUCGAUCAAAAAGAUGUUGCCACAGGUAUGUUGUCUUGUACUGAAAGUUGCACGAGCAUUGUGUAGUGUGGUACUCUUGUCUUGUUCCGCGAUAAAUCAUUCUCAGUUUUUGGAAAGAGUAUGUAUGAAAAGUUUGGCACAAUGAUACAAGUAUGUGAUUCUUAGCUCUUACUUGUUUUUGAAUAAAGGUGCUACAAAUGGUUGGCCAGCUCUCCAAAUCCGGCUUCUCAAUGAGCUUAUUUACACUGCUCGCCGGCUAGGAGAUCCUUUCGUGGUGUUUAGGUAAGUACAAGAAACAUGAGCACAGCUUGGUCUAGACUACUAGAGGAGGGAAGGAGCGUGAUAGCGAUGAACAGCGGUUGUGGUUGCUAGAGAAACGGUUGAACUGCCGCUGUUUUUCGCGCGCAUGCUUUUGCGCUGACCGAGAGCCUCUCUUAUGUUAACUUGGGCGUGACUCUAGCUUACGUGCGGUGUUGUGUGACAUAAACGCCGUUAGCAAAUGUUUGUACAUGUGUGUAGUCUCUUUAGCAGAUGUUGAUUGGUCACGUCACGCAACGCCUUCAUUCCUCCUCCAAACGAUGGCUGUGAAGAAGACAAAUUUGUGCGGAGCCGCAACGGUUUUUUUUUUUUUAAUGAAUUGCGGUGUUUUGUGAAUAAUUGACUCAGCUCAUCGUUUUGUGGUACUCGUUCUUUUGUGCCAUCGUCUCAGUCCGUUUUAGAGGUGGCAUCGGUGAGUUGAUUAGCGCGAUUUGGUGUUCCGCUAACACUAAAGCUACCCAGCCACGCAUACUCGCCGAAACCGCUGAAAAAGGUCUAAUACACUGCCAAACGACAAGAACUACGUAAAGACAAGUCAGUUAAAUUAAAAAUAUGUAUAUAUCUGACAUUUUCAAUGACAAAGAGAAAAGACAGUUUAGUUCCCUUUUAAAUCUCUACAAAUGGCGUCUUUGUGACAGAAUACUGCUCGAAAUCAAGAGUCAAGGUUUAGGUUUGUUACAUGUCAUAGGCGGAGGCCGCCUGUGUGAAGAGAUGCUGACGAUGUCUCCAUUAAAUGACUUCUUUUCAGGCAUAUCACAUUUUUACUGCACACAAUGCAUGACCAUUUGAGUGAUGACGAAAUGAAAGAGUUAUGUGUACUUUUGGAGAGUUCAGCCAAGCAGUGUACCGGAUCACCUAGAUCUCCCAAGUCGCCCAAGGAAACAGAUGGGCAGAAAAUUGAUGCCUUAGACAUGGCUUUGAUACCCCUUACUAAAAUGCCUCUUGUUAGGUGAGCAAAGAUGAACAACUUUUGAGCAGCUUCAAUGCGUCUCUCAAUUAGUACGUGAUUGGUUAAUUUAGUUGGCCGUGCUUACUGCACGGCCCGCCAAACUCACAAGUUUGUUUGAAUUGAAAUCUUUGCUCUGUAUUUAAACCCAGAGACAUAAUAAAUAUCGUACUUACAUCAUUUUCUCGGUCCAUGCCAUAAUUUACGGAGCCUCGUUUUUUUGGCACGGAUUUAAGGCCCGCGCGCCUGGCGCUUCUACCUUGAAGCCGCGCGGAAAAACACUCGGUCCGUAACUUACAGUACGGAGCUCGAACUCAGUUGGUAAGAGGUUUGUACGAAAUGAAAGCAACGUGCAGUAACUUUUAUUGGAAUUAGUAAGCUGUCAUUUACAGUUAGAAAAGCAAGGAAAAUUACUUUGUUCCUUAAAAGAAAGAAAAAAGUACCACGGCGAUACGAUUGUCAAUGAAUUUUACCUCUUAAUUAUUCCAUUCCUUUACUUCAGAUCGUUUAAAGUUCAACCUCUUCCUCUACACAUGAAACCUGUUGGAAAUAAAUCAGUUGUAGCGUCUGACUCGGAAUCAGCAGGACCGUUUAUAUUCUCAUCUCUCAGAGGAAAAGUUAAACAAUCAAAGAAAGGCAAAAGUGAGACUUUGUGUUUUUGUUGUUGUUGGUGUUGUUAUAUUGUUGAUGUUGUUGUUAUUGUUGCUGUUGUUCUUAUUGUUGUUGUUGUUAUUGUUGUCGAUGUUGUUACUGGUUUUGGUAUCGGUACUGGUAAUAUUGUUGUUGGUGUCGUUAUGAUGUUAAUUUUGUGAUUGUUGUGGGUGUUGUUGUUGGUGUUAUGAUGUUGUUAUAGUUGUUGUUACUGGUGUUAGUGUAGGUGUUGGUUCUGGUGGUGUUGUUGUUGUUGGUGGUGUCAUUAUGAUGUUGAUGUUGUUAUUGUUGUAGUUGUUGUUGUUGUUGUUGGUGUCGUUUUUCUUGGUGGUGUUGUUAUCAUUAUUAUUACAGAUGAUAUCAUUAUAUUUGCUUGAAGAUACCGCUGACUAGCAUCCGAGUUGAUCACAUCGUCCCCAGGUUCCGGGCCUCGUCAGUUCUCCCCCUCCCCACACCCGGGACUGGUCCCUACAUGCCCUUGAAGAAACUCUUCUACAGCCAGUGCUGAAGAGAUUUAUUGCAAUUUUUUUAUUAUAAUGAAGGGCUGGAAAAUAAACUGACAAGAGAUCCGCUUUUAGGCUUGGCUAACUGUCAUUACUUGUACAUUAUCCAGCAAAAAAGUAAUGAGAGAACUCAAACUUAUCAGGUAGAAGUUGUUAUCUUGAUCUAUUGAAGACGAUAAAAAUAACAAUCGUUAUUACAGUUAUCACUGUUAUAUUUAUUAUUAAUUGUGUUGUCAGGUGUAUUAAUGAGUAUGUUAGAGUGUAAAAUUCAUAUAUUGGGUGUUUCUUCUCUACAGAUACAACUUGGGUGUGCGGGGACAUCGGUCAAGUUUCGUUGGAUGUCUACAAUCCUAUGCCAUGUGAAUUAAGAGUCUCUCAGAUGGUAUAGCAUAAAACUGUGAUGUAAUGGCUUAGCGUAUUUGAGUUAACCCUUUCACUGCCGAGAUUUCUUAGCAAUUCUCCUUACUGUACGCCAUACAAGUCUUAUGAUGUUAGUUUAGAGAAUGUGGUAUUGGAUCAAGUAAUAAUCCAUUGGUAUUUUUCUUUAUUCUCGGCCAUUGUCUGCUUGAUUUUGUAUUGAUGUUGUUAUAAGAAAGUCUGUCUUGAUAACUCAUCGGAGUUGAGGGGUUAUUGAAAAACUUGACGGGCUUUAGUCGUUAGAUAUUUCAGACAGUGUGGAGAAUUGAUCUUUGAAUUUUUUGAUGGAAAAAGUUGAUUUUACAUUCCUGCUUAAGGAACUCACCAUUUUUCCAAAAACAUGUUCGGUAUAAAAGUUUGAUUCAUGUUUGAAAAUGGAAAGAACCACUUAAAUGAUUAUUAACCUACCUUCAUUUUAUGGUCUUUUUAAAGGAGGUAAUAAAUAUGGUGAUUGAUAAAUUUAUUGAUUCACUGAUUCACGAGCUUUGUGACUUGCUAACACAAAUCCUUUUGUAAUUCUCUCCCCUUGCAGAUUCUUUGUGUUGAAGGAGUGGAAUUUGAGCCGUACCCAACGUGUUUGUCUCUACCUCCAAAGGCAGGCCCCCAUACAGUGAUAUUGCUCGGGAUACCAGCCUCUGCAGGGUCAAUGAGAAUUACUGGUAAGUGUCACUAGGAAGGAGGGACAGGGGAGGGGUAAGUGUGACCGUAGGGGAGGGGUCAUAACGCGGUUAUUUUUCUCUGGAUACCGCCAUUUUCAGACCAGAUAAGAAAUACUGGUAAUUAUAAAAUAAUUCAAACAGUACGCGCGCUCCGAUUGGCCAUAAAACCAUUUUACAUGAGCGUAUGUAAACACGGUUUUCGUUCCUCUUUCAUUAGUUAUUUUAUAAAAGAAAUGUAAAAUGGUUUCCUUGUUUACAUAGCCUGAUGUAAACACUUGGGAGGUUGGGAGAACACUCGAUAAGCUGGAAACCAUUCCGCUUCGCGUCGUGGUUUCCUACGCUUAUCUCGUGUUCUUCCAACCUCUCGCGUGUUUACAUCAGGUUAUGUAAACACGGAAACCAUUUUACAUUUCUUCAUUGUAAUGAAGUUGGGGGAAUCCGGAAGGGAAGAAGGUAAGUGUUCCCAGGGGUAAGGGAUACUAGGGAUAAUAGUGUUACGGGGGGGGGGGGAAGGACGGGGUAAGGAAUGAUAACGGAGGGAUAUGUACCGCUGAAAUGCAAAAAAAGUGUUUCUCAUUUUGUCAUCACGUAAUUCCGAUUUCCUUGUUGACCAAAAUGCACCGUGUGAAUUUUUGGGCCUUAAUUUCAAAACUAAGUUAUUUUUUAAGCAAGAUAUCUUGUUUAAAGUGCCGCUAAUUCCCCCAACUUAUCAUCAUAUAUUUCUUUGUGUUCUAUUCCCAAGAAUUUGGUUUUUACAUCAACGCCAUGUUUCCAACUUUCUACUUUUCAUUCCUCCCUUUACCUAUUUUCUUUACCGUGUUUUGAAAUUAAAUAAUAAUUUAUCAGAUGAUUACUCCGAUAUUUGGUAGGUUAUUCUGUGACAGUAUUCGGCGUCGAAAGCACCUGCAAGCUGACAAAAGAAAAUCUGGAGAACAAAGACGACUUUCCUGUGAUUGUAGACGUGACUCCUUCGAUGCCCUUAAUCCAAGUGUCCACAACUCUUCCCAAGGUCCGUUGUCAGCCGCCUGAUCCUGACACCCCCCAAGCUGUGCCCCUUGUGACGGCGGUUACAUUGUACGCUGGGCAGAGGUGGGUGCAAAAGCGAAACCCUCGUUCAAGAAGCUCCGUUUUCCUUAAAGAAAUUAGCGGCUUUCAUCUCAUCUCUAACCUGACUUUUAAGUACAAAUGCGUUGAGAAGGUUGUAGCAACAAAAAUAUGUAGUCAUGUUGAGGAUAACAGCUUAAGAAACAUAUCACUCCGCAUAAAAACAACAUCAUAGUACAGAUAUGGCAUUAUUGAAGGUUCAGAACGAUGUACUCCAAGCCAUUGACAACAACAACAACUGCGUGAUAUUCCUUCUAUUCUAGAGCUUUUAGCAGUGUUCGACACUGUGGAUCACUGUAAUCUUUUGGGUCGUCUUUAAAAUUGCUUUGACAUUGUGGAUAAUGCGCUCGAGUUGUUCAGAUCUUAUUUGUCCAGUCGUUACCAGAAAGUGAAAGUAGACGGUGCUGUGUCAUCUAGUCGCGAAUUGCAAUACAAUGAGUCCCAGAAGAGUGGGGUUUUUUUAGUGGUCUAAUGAACAAGUUUUACCGGCCUCAUCAGCUGAUCCUAGCAGUAAGCAGGACUCGUGUCCCAUGGCAACCUAGAAACGGCUUAGUUCCGUUAGAUUCUUAUCUGUUCUCCGUUAAUGAUAUAAUGGUUGAUCGUUCCGGAUCAAUAUCAGUAUCUGGGUAACUGCCCACCUACCCCUCCCCUAACUCAACAACAGUCAAUUGAUAACAAGUUAGGGUUAGUGUUGCGUUAGGGGAGGGGUAGGUGGGCAGUUGCCCAGAUACUGAUAUUAAUCCAUCAUUCCUCUCUUUGUUAACAGCAUGAAAGGGACCAUUAAUCUGGAAAACAUUGGCAAGAUGCCAGUCGAAAGUCUGAAUAUUUCUGUUACUAGCAAGGAUGGGGAAGGUAAGGAGUUAACCCACUACACACCGGAUAGCCGCAGGGGAGGGGAAGGUGAUCGUCAUUAGUGCAGGUUUGAUGAGGGAGAUGCUAGAUGUCUUCGUUCACUACGAUAAGGAGUUAAGACAAGAAGUAGAUGAAAAAGUGUUGUCUAUCGUAUGGCUCUGAACAUCUUUGUUCCAUAAAGCGACAAAGGUUACUAGUUGGCAAGCUUAUAUUGGAUUCUAACCAUUCCCUGUCAUCUAUAUUGGCGCCUUUUAGCUGCUUUUUUUUUCCCAAACAGCUUCCUGUCGACAUGAGGUGAAUGUUUCUUUCUCAAAAUAUAACACAGUCACUCAGGCCAGAACUCGAACCCUCUUGAUUAAACAAUUGGGCCGCUGCCUCUCUGUUUAUUUUUAAAAGCGGAGUUCAACGGCCAACAACGUAUCCAUACUUAAGAAAAUAUAGUCAGCCGUUGAGCUGAGAAAAUACAUCCGUUUAUCCGUACGGAGAUACUUGGUCCGACGGUUAAGGUUGAAGGUGAAGGUGAGCAAGCUGACCAAAACGUAUUUUCCUUCUGCUUAGGACUCGAUGAACUCUUCAGUUUUGAUGAGGAAGAAAUCAAGUCCAAGCUCCCAGUCCUUCCUGGCCACUCCACCGACAUCACAGUAACAAUAACUGGCGCUCAUCGCUUCCCACAAGGCACCGAGAGCAAUGACAAUCCCAGCUACGAUCCGGCGGCACCAUGGGGCUUGACCGGUUCAAUCCAGUUCCGUUACUCAAUAGGAUCUAGCAGUCACAUGUCACGCAAGGUCACCAUGGCCAUAGAUGUGACAGUAGUGCCCAGCUUAAUCUGUGAAAACUAUCAGAUUAUAGAGCUCCCUAGGUAAGAUGCGUGAUAAUCUCACUUAGAGUUUUGCGUGACAAUGUUUACUGAUGAAGACAGUUAGUAGCUACACAGUUACUUAGCCUGUCACGUAACGCUUAGUUUCCCCAAACUAGCCUUAGAAACGGCAAUUUUCUACAUGUUUGUGUCUGGCGUUUAAAGCUCAUUACACAACACCCUGCUAAAAGUUGACUUGACAACGUAGGCAGUAACCUCUCACUGACAGACUAAAAUACUCAGGGGAAUAUUUUACCAUCACGCGAUGCUGAAAGUUAUGAAGAACGACUCUCACAAGUAUAAACUAACUGUCUUUUCUUUUCAUCUUAUUUUUUUUUUUUAAGUGAUCGAUCUCAUUGUUUACUGAUGUUUGAUGCUGUUAACAAGACCUCCAAUGACAUGGAACUGUCCCUGUGUGUUGGCAACUGUAAUGAAUCUAAUUCUGGUAAGUGUUGAAUAUUUCACCCACUAGGUUUCUGCUGCUGUAAUUCUUCGCUUAUUUUGAUUUUUUUUGUUUUUUGGUAAUUUUUUGCAGUAGAAGGAGAGUUGACUACGGAUGGUGCGAUGAAUAUUCAAGGAAAUGACAAAAAUAGGUGAGAUUUUUUUUUUUUUUUUUUUUCAUGUUGCUGGUGUUGCUUUCUCGAAGUCAAUCACGGUAUUUAUGGUUAUUUCGUUCCCUUACUCCAGGAUAACGAUGAAUUUGCCGAGAUUUACUUUACCAGUGUCUGAUAAACAUAACGAAGAGGUGAGCAUUUUUCAUAGUCUUGAAAGUUUUCUCAGAUUUUUCUCGUACCCCAUUCCGAAAUCCAUUAUUGGUAUCCUACGACACAAUAACUAGUGGUGAUUUAUGAAAUAGUUGAGAUAUUACGAUCACCCUGAUCGGUCAAAAUCCUUAGUUUAUAUACAGUACGAGCGCCCUGAUUGGUCCAAACCCAUGGUUUAUUGCACCUGUAAACCCAUAGGAAAUAGUGUGCUUUGUUUAAAGUUUAUUUUAAUAACGCAAUAGACCGCAAUUUCUAUCGGUUUACUAGGUUAAUAUCUCACUUGUGAUGUGUUCUCCCAACUUCGCUCAUGUCCAGAAAUGCACGCAUUAACGAAAUGGCAGAUUUAACGAUUUAGGCGAAUUUUAGUAAAAUUCGUCAAAGCGAAAUCAGUUUGGCGGAAUUUACGAUUUUGACGAAUUUCAGUCAAAUUCGUCGAAGCGAAUUUAACGAUUUGACAAAUUUCCCCUAUUUUCGUUACUGCAUGCAUUUCUGGACAUACGUCCUUCCCGCGUGGGUUAUGAAGCCGGUAAACCGAUAGAAAUUGAGGUCUAUUGUUGAAAAGUAAUUCACAAUUUUUCCAAGACUUUUCAUUGACGUGUUUUUAAGGUUAAUGCUGACUCCCAGAGACGCGCUGAAUACAAAAGAAGAGUUUGUGACUUGGUUAAGAUUCGUUGGAAUCUUGUAUCCUUUUCGUAAAUGCGAGGUUUGGGCAUGGUAGAAAUUUGCUGAGAAGUUUGAGAUGAUCAUGGUCAUCCAUUGUUGUGAAUAAUUAUACAUCGAUCGGUUUUAAAAGGCAAACUUCUUGUCAGUAAGAAUAAGAAUUUCUGAGUUUCCUUCUCAGACGUUGGAGAUUCCAAAACUAAUUUUCAAUACGUGAAGAAACUAAAAUGGAAAGAAAGAUUUAAAAAAGAGUCCUUAAGAAAAGGUGAUCGUUAUUAAAUGAGCUAGUUAACUUUCACGCAGAUUACCUUUCAAAAGGGCAAACAAUUUUAGAGCGAGAUCGGAGAGGUUUUAAUUUGGGUGCAAACCCUUUCAACCAAUACUCCGCACAAGCCACAACUUGGCACUUUCUUGACACUUACUACUUUUACUUGAGUCUGAAAGAAUAAUUGAAUUUCAUGCUCAAACAUUUUUACAAACCCUGUGAUUAAACAUUUACAAUUCAUUCCUAAGGCUUUCAGGCCCUUUUCCCUCGUUCCCUCCCUUGUGUAAUCUGCAGGCAUCACCGAUAUUGCUGUGUUAUCCUUGAUUGUGUGACAGCCGGCAUGUAACGCUGAAGGCUGUGGUAGUGUAGAGAAUCUGAAACUAAACCCAAGUAUGAUGCAGGCAUUGAGACCAGAUCCAGUCACAUUUGGUGAGCGACUGAUAUGUGAAGUAUCUAAAUGGUUAAGACUGUAAACGUAAAAUAGUCUGAUGAAAGAAACGGUAGUUUCCUUAAAUAUUUUUCCUGGAAGUGUUAAAACAAUCCUUGUUUUCUCCUUUCGAAUUGCUGUGGGAAUGCAGACUUUUUGUUUCUUUUUUAUGUUGGCUACAUUUCUUAUUCGUUAUGUAGAAAAGUUUCAAUGAGCCUACAUGCGCAACAUUUCAAUUCACUUGACCUCUGCAGUUGGUGAUUUCUGCUUAAUGCGCGUACUUAGAGGCUACGUGAUCCUGCAAGUGUUCAAGAAUGUCAAAAUGCUGAUACAAAAAUAUUUUGGGAAUCACUCGCCUUCGGAUAAGCGCAUAUGAAACUCUUUCCGCGUGGGCUCCAUUAUAUGAAUGUCAUCACUUGCUCCGUGCUUUCCUCGUUAUAAUCACAUAAGCUACGAUUUUAAAGGAUUCGUCGUUCUUUAGUACAUUUGUCAUGGAAUUUUCUUGGUAAUUAUGAUAGAAUAUGAUUGGAUGGGAAGUUUCUUAUUCAAAGGUGUUCAGAUCAAUGGAGAGGAAUACGACAACACUACAUCAAGUGGAAUCACUAUCUCACUGUGCACGAUUGUGAAGCUCAAUGUUCAUGUGUCUAAUCAAAGUGGUAAGUCGUAACGUGAUUUCAGGUUUUGCGUGACAUUCUCGACUUAUUCCCAAGUUGAAGAUCACCUUUGUGAAAGUGAGUGUCUUGCCUUAAGAACUCGACGCAAUCUCUCUACUGGGUCUCGAACUCGGGCCCUCUCGGUUUAGAGUUCAGUGUGCUUACCACUUGACCACCAUGUCCGUCACUUACGCGUAUUCGCGUAUCUUUACUCUAUUUGCCCGGUGACUAUGAUGCACCUAAUGCGCAUGAUUCUUGUUAAGGUUGUAACUUCACAGAAACUGUGAUGGGGUGUUAUUGGAGAAUAGCGGGAUGAUUACCCUCUGUCACAGCAUAAGAGUGCAAUGUAUGUAGUGGCGAAACAAGUAACUAUUAACUCCAUCUUUUUUUUUUCUCCUUUUUUUUCCAAUAUCAGAUGAACCUCAUGGGCCUUUAGUGUUAGCCAUUGAACCUUACCAAGACCAGGCCUCCGGUUUUCCGGUGACCGAGCUGGAUGGAAAGGUGGCCUGGGCAGGAACGUUACAAGUUCAUACUCCUGAGGUAGUAACAUGUGGUGACGUGUUUGCUGUGUUUUGUCUCUGGGGAGGGGAGGGUUGGGUAAGAGGAACAGGAUGAGGAAAAAAAAAACAAUGUUUGCGUUGCCCUUUUAGCCUACUACUCCCAACAACAACGAUCUCGUCCAGUACUCAUUUCUAUUUCAAUCCUCGCGGAAACCAAGAAGUGGUUGAAAGUAUGGUUAUUUUAAAGCGUCUUGAUACAAAUCUAAUCGUGAGCAAACUAAAAUCUCAAUGAAAUUUGGUUUUUAUCAGCUAAGUUGAUAAUGUGAAAUGGCCUCCGUGAACUGAUUUGAAGAUGGCGUUUCAAGUUGAGUGUUGGCCAUUUGGAUUCGCUUUGAUGAAGGACUAAGGCUCGAAACGUCACCUUUAGAUUCUCUUUACGGUGUCCAAUUACAAUAUAAACUCAGUUGAGUUAAACCAAAUUAUUUUUGUAACAUUCCCCCCCCCCUGCGACGCAUAGAAACUUAUUACUUCUCAUUUAACGUCUCCAUGAACUGAGAUCAAGUCUCUUCAGGGGGGGCAGUGUCAAUCUUGUUGGCAAUUAUGGUUCGAAUUCUUUACUUCAAAGGAUAUUCAGCUCUAACAUAUAUUACUCAUCCCUGAGCACAAUUAUUUGCCCUCUCAUCUGCCUCUCAGUCAUCAGUGUUGUUCGACAUUUCAUUUCAAGUUGCGAAAAUAUCGCAAUGCUUCGCUCUGGAUAUAAACCUGCAUUUCAAUGGCUCCUGGUUAAUAUUGCUAGUCCAUCGCCUUUCAAAGACAUCAAAAUGUUUAUUCCUUCUUCAGGUACUACCCGGGAAGUCUUUCUGUCACUCGUGUUCGCUGAUUUUUUUGUAUGCGGGACAAUUCAUGGUCUCCAUUUCUUGUACUGAGACCGCAACGGAACAAACCGCAACUUCUCAACAGGGAACUGGAUCCGAGUCACCAGAAAGAACUUGCAAUUCUGAAAACACAGAGAAAGCUGUCAAAGGAGAAAUACAUGGUUUGAAGAGAUCAUGGACAUAUUCGCCGUCUGUUAAAAUACGCGUCGUAUGAUGAGAGCCAUCGAAGAGGAAUACCUUGCAGCUUAGCACUUCGAAUUAAAAAGCGCCGUGGUUCCCUACAAAAUGUCAUUAAUAUAUAUGAGUUAUUUAGAAGAGUCCUUCCAAAUGAUGUGACGUUGUCAAAUCAACGUCAUUUUCCAUAGCAGCGCAUUGACUGAUAUGUGUUGUCAUCUGGAAUCCGCUGAUUUAUAACUGCGCUGGCUCAGUUACGCACAGUUGGGAACCAGCGGGCUGUGACUAGUUUCAAACUUCUCAUAACAUUGCUUUAUGAAUUCCUGGGGAAUUGUGAUGAGAAUGAAGGAACGUGAUCUUUUCAACUAAUCCUGCUGGAGAAAUAGAUACUCCCUAAUCUGGUCUACAGUGUAAAUACACCACAAAAACCGAGAGAUCAAACAGAUGGAAUAUGCCAAGAUACACGUAUCAAAAAGUGAGCUGGCAGGUCCAACAAACAAAACGCAACAUGAUAUGGGUGCGCGAAAACGUGCAGGAUGGCCUAAUUUAAGUUAACUUUCUUGAUAAGCAGUCGCGGUGCCAUUUUGUGUUUUUAAAGUCAUACUCACAUUAGCGAAUCCAGGGGAAUAUUCGGGAGAUGGGUGGGGUAGGGUUCGUUACUCCUUCCCCUCCCCUCCCCUCCACCGUUGGGUUUCAUCCGUUUGUGUUACACCAAAAUUCUCAGAAUAGUAGGAUCGCUAGUUACCAGUGCUUUAAUUUUUACAAAUUUUGCAAAAUUUAGUUGCAUAAAUAAGUAGGCUGUAGUGUUAAAAAAUUGUCGUUAUUUUCUCAUUAAAAGUUUACACCCCUCCCCUCAUUAGAGGUUCCUGGAUCAGCCAUUGGUUCACAAAGCGACGACUUCUUGUUCUCUCGCGUGCAAGCUGAUCUCGGAUCCCCAUUGGGUGGUCAAAUCUUGUGUCACAAGUCGAGUUUGUUGCUUAGCAACAGGCCAGACGCGAUAACUCCCAAGAUCCCAAAACCAAUUCUCUCUUCUAGCUGUCAUACUUAGCCCUGUAAAUAAGUUAGGAGAAUUUGGUAAUAUAUCUUGAAAACACAACUCCAGCUGUUGAUUUUUGUUUAUCCUCAACAUAUCACUUCUGGAAAAUAUAAGGAACUUGUGAAGAGUAACGUCAUAUUUUGAUUAUUUUUUUAAGAUGAAAAUGUCAAAUUCGUUUUCGCGCAGCGAGUAUUUGUCCAACAACCGAACAAGCUAAAAGUGGCUUUGAGACUUAGAAUGAUUUUUACGUUACAACCGUGAGAAGUCUUGAAGGUAAUAACAAGUGUGUGGCCGAUGUAAAAUACAAAAUUGCGUUUCAGGAACUGUUCCAAAUAUGAAACACACUUGAAAAUUCUAAGCAGCUUUAAUCAUCAAGGGUAUCUGACUGACAAUUGACUCUCAAUAAACGAAAAUAAUUAGGUAAAACAUGGA